AGUUCUGUGUGGUUGCAGCACAUGAGCAAAUUCAUUCUUGUGCCGUUUCUCAGAAAAGCUUUUCAGUAAAUGCACUCAUGCUGCUCCAGGAGCUCUUCUCUGCAACAAGCCGCCCAUCUGCCAUCAACAAGUUAAGACCAAGAGAACUAACGGUUGUUUCGGAAAGGAGAGACUGAAGCUUUGAUUACAAGCUAAGUAGUCAGAAGGGGAGAAGAUAACUUAUAUUCGAAACUGAUUUAGAAGAUCAGAGCGGUUACAGAAAAUGAAGCCAAUGCUUUCCAGAGGAAUAUCCUAAAGAAAAAAACAAACAACUCACCCUAGCGGAUUAAAUUUUACUUGGAGAGCCUGGGACACAGCAAACAGGAAACUGGUCAGAGGCUCCUGCAUGUUAGAGCCUUUUACAGACUCACUGCACUGAGUCUAAGAACCGCGACUGAAUGCAGCCUCCAAUGUGCUCAGAAGAAUGGGCUUACAUUUCAAGUGGCCAUUAGGGGCCCCUAUGCUGGCAGCAAUAUAUGCAAUGAGCAUGGUUUUAAAAAUGCUGCCUGCCCUGGGUAUGGCGUGUCCACCCAAAUGCCGCUGCGAGAAGCUGCUCUUCUACUGCGACUCUCAGGGCUUCCACUCAGUGCCAAACACCACAGACAAGGGCUCUCUGGGCCUGUCCCUGAGGCACAAUCACAUCGUGGAGCUCGAAAGGGAUCAAUUUGCCAGCUUCAGUCAACUUACUUGGCUCCACUUAGACCACAAUAAAAUAUCAACAGUAAGAGAAGACGCUUUUCAAGGACUAUAUAAACUUAAGGAAUUAAUCUUAAGUUCCAACAAAAUAUUUUACUUGCCGAACACAACUUUUACCCAACUAAUUAACCUGCAAAAUUUGGACCUGUCUUUUAAUCAGCUGUCAUCUCUGCACCCAGAGCUCUUCUACGGCCUCCGGAAGCUGCAGACCUUGCAUUUACGGUCCAACUCCCUGCGGACUAUCCCAGUACGCCUGUUCUGGGACUGUCGUAGUCUGGAGUUUCUGGAUUUGAGCACAAACCGUUUGCGAAGUUUGGCUCGCAAUGGAUUUGCAGGAUUAAUCAAACUGAGAGAGCUUCACCUAGAGCACAACCAGCUGACGAAGAUUAAUUUUGCUCAUUUCCUACGGCUAAGCAGUCUGCACACGCUCUUCUUACAAUGGAACAAAAUUAGCAACUUGACAUGCGGGAUGGAGUGGACCUGGGGCACUUUAGAAAAGCUAGACUUGACUGGAAAUGAAAUCAAAGCCAUUGACUUGAUGGUAUUUGAAACUAUGCCUAACCUUAAAAUACUCCUCCUGGAUAACAACAAGUUAAGUAGCCUUGAUUCCAAGAUCUUAAACUCCCUGAGAUCCCUGACGACUGUUGGCUUCUCUGGCAAUCUGUGGGAAUGCAGCCCUCGAAUUUGUGCUUUGGCCUCCUGGCUGGGCAGUUUCCAAGGUCGGUGGGAGCAUUCCAUCCUAUGCCACAGCCCUGACCACACCCAAGGAGAGGAUAUUCUAGAUGCAGUCCAUGGAUUUCAGCUCUGCUGGAAUUUGUCAACCACUGUUACAGCCAUGGCUACAACUUAUAGAGAUCCAACCACUGAAUACACAAAAAGAAUAAGCUCAUCAAGUUACCAUGUGGGAGACAAAGAAAUCCCAACUACUGCAGGCAUAGCAGUUACUACCGAGGAACACUUUCCCGAACCAGACAAUGCCAUCUUCACUCAGCGGGUAAUUACGGGAACAAUGGCUUUAUUGUUUUCUUUCUUUUUUAUUAUUUUUAUAGUGUUCAUCUCCAGGAAGUGCUGCCCUCCCACUUUAAGAAGAAUUAGGCAGUGCUCAAUGAUUCAGAACCACAGGCAGCUCCGAUCCCAAACACGACUCCAUAUGUCAAACAUGUCAGACCAAGGACCGUAUAAUGAAUAUGAACCCACCCAUGAAGGACCCUUCAUCAUCAUUAAUGGUUAUGGACAGUGCAAGUGUCAGCAGCUGCCAUACAAAGAAUGUGAAGUAUAAUAUCUACCCAUCAUCAAAAAUCACAUCAGAUAAGUAACCUAUUUGACAUAGUAGGGACUAAAAACGUAUCUAAUUUUUACCAAUGGUGACAUUAAGCCUAAUUUUCCAAACCAAGUUGAGACUUAGUUUUUGAAGUGUUGAAGUAUUUUUAAUUUUAUUUUUAACAAAACCAUUUUCAGUGUUAAAUGAAGCAAUGCUCACAUUAAUCUGCACUCCUGUUGGAAAGUCUAAACAUGCGCACUUCAAAAUAAGAUGUUUCAUGUAUGUAAUUAUAUACUACUAUGUAUAAACAUUUACACUAAGGUCUCCAUAUGCUAUUUGUUUCCACUGAAAAUAGUUUGGAAAGAAGUUACUGAGCAGAAAAUGACAGGGGUCAAUACUUGUUUGAUCAUUGCUCUACAUGCCACAUACCACAAAUGGCUUGCUGCUUAAAAGGAGCCUUAGCAAAGUUCUCUUCUAUGACAAUUUGGUAUUAACUCAAAUCAACAGUCUACUGCCAGUGUGAGAAACAGAAUUUCACAUAUUCUGAAGACUGGUAAAUUAAACUAAAUAUUCUUCCUUCUAGAGUUUUUGCCUGGGUUAGUAGAUAUUAUCAAAGUCCACACCAUGAAAUCAGAACCCUCUAUUUAAUUUUAAUACGCUCAGUGAUGCUUUAAUAUACUCGUUGUGAAAAGGUCCCAUUACAAUGAAAUCAAUACUAAAUAAUUACACUGACUUAUAUCAUACAUCUGUAGUUUGAUUUAUAAGACAUGUUUAUUUAUGUGGCAUUAGACUAUUAUUUUAAACUAGUAUUAAUUGCCAUUUUACUAAUUAAUUUACUAAAUCCUAUAUUUACAUUUGUAUUUUUUUAAAAUUAAAUAUUAGAUACAAAAGAGAAAUUGGAUCAACUUAAUAAUCCUAGGAUAUGCUCCCUGUAGUUUGGACACACACACACACACACAGUCUCCCUUUCUCUCAACAGUCAUAAUCAAAGAUGCCUUGACAAAGGGGUUUAAACCUCUUUCUUUAGCCUUGUCCUGAUCUUCAAACCUCAGAGCCAAAUUAAAAAUAAUUGGCUAGCAACAGACAUGAUGAUGAUUCAUAUUAGAAUGUAUUAUAAAUGAACCAUGAAAAAAAUCACUUCCUAAAAUAUUAUAUGCUAAACUUUGAUCUUUUAAUAAACAUACAAAUCCACAUUUUAAGAGCAGUUCCUUCUAAAGAAAGGGAACAAUGUAUUACCAAGCGAGCCUUUUCAUGGGUAGAACACAACAUGCCUGUGCAGCCACACAGCAGUUAACUUAAAGGCAGUGCGAGGUGAUAGGAUGAAGGGGAAAGGCAGCAUUCUGAAAUCUGACUCUCUCACAAGCAGGUUAACUCAAAUGACAAGACAGUCAAGAGUGAGGCAACAAUCUACAUCAAACAGGG